AUUUACAUUUUGCAUAGGCUGAUCGUUUCUGAAGCUUCUGUUGAAACCGAUAAAUCCUUUUGAUUAUCAAGUUGGUAAUAACGUCUUCGGAGUUCACGUAUCAAGGUCCAGAAUUCCGUUUCUUCAUCUGUCAGUUUCGGUUGCUUUUCUAGAUCUGAGAAGUUGUAAAGUUGUAGCUGCAGAGGAACUUCGAUGACGAUUUUCUGACGCUUAUUUUCGGACUUCAUCUUGAAGAGCAAAUGCCUAGCCGGCGAUCUGGUUAUUCUUUUGGAUCUCAAAUCUCCGCUUUGUUGCUCGCUAUGAUAGCCACCAUGGCUACUAUUUACGUGGCCGGCCGGCUAUGGCAGGACGCGGAGAGCAGGGUGUAUUUAAUUCAAAAGCUUGAUAAAGGAACUGGUCAGGGUCAUUCUGCCAUAUCCGUUCAUGAUACCCUUAAAGUUAUAACCUGCAGGGAACAACAGAAGACCUUAUCCUCCCUUGAGAUGGAACUAGCUGCAGCUAGACAGGAAGGCUUUGUUUCAAAGCACUUACUAGUAAAUGAUGGGACCGGGAGACAGUCAACAAAGAGGCUUCUCUCAGUCAUAGGAAUAAUAACAACAUUUGGCCGAAAGAAAAACAGAGAUGCUAUUCGUAAAGCGUGGAUGCCAACAGGUGCGAAUAUGAAAAAAUUAGCCGACCAAAAGGGCAUGGUUGUGCGAUUUGUAAUUGGAAGAAGUGCAAACCGUGGGGACAGUUUGGACAAAGAAAUAGAAAUCGAGAACAGUCAGACCAAUGACUUCAUCAUUCUGGAUAAACAUGUGGAGGCACCAGAGGAGCGCUCAAAAAAGAUAAAAUCCUUCUUCAUUCAUGCAGUCGACAACUGGGAUGCUGAAUUUUAUGUCAAGGUCAAUGAUGAUGUCUUUGUCAAUCUUGAUGCCCUUGGAGCAGUGUUAACUUCUCAUUUAGAUAAGCCCCGUGUUUAUGUUGGUUGUAUGAAAUCGGGCGAAGUGUUUUCUGAGCCGACACAUAAAUGGUAUGAACCAGAUUGGUGGAAAUUUGGCGAUGGAAAAUCAUACUUUCUACAUGCUUCGGGUGAGAUCUAUGUUAUAUCAAAGUCAUUGGCUCAGUUUAUAUCAACAAACAGAUAUACUCUUCGUACAUAUGCACAUGACGAUGUAAGUGCCGGAUCAUGGUUUAUUGGUCUUGAUGUGAAGCACAUAAAUGAAAGGAAGUUUUGCUGCUCCUCAUGGUCAUCAGGGGCUAUAUGCGCAACUGUAUGACUUGUCAGUAAAGUACUAAUGGCAUACUGGGAUUUAUAGAGAAGUAGAGAACGGAAGGCCUUUGUCUUGCAUCAAACCGUGUUUGCCAGAAGUUGAAUAUGCCGCUUGAAGGCGAGGCCGAAGAAACUGCUAAUUAAAGACUCUUAAGUUGAUGCUUCAAACUCACUCAUCACCACUCCCCAUUCAAUCUCAAGAUCUUGGUAUAGUCCCCAUUCGGUCUAGAGAUCUUGGUAUAGUUAUUGACCCAUUUCGUAUAAUUUUGUAUUAUGGAUAGCUCUCUUACCACUUCUACACAUUAUUUUCCCAUUAUGGGAUGACAGGAGAAACAUCCUUCAUAGAGAGACAAAUGUGAUCUGUUACUUGAAUGAGCAAA